CAGAGUUUGAUACAGAACAUAAUCCAAAGUUUGAAGCAUCCAGGAAAACUCAUUCCAGACAUGUAAAUGUCACCUGGGUCAUGCACACAUAGAGAUGUCCCCUUCCUCAUUGCUCAGAAAUGACCCACCGCACAGGAUCUUUCCUCUUGUCUUGUGCCAGAUGCCACACUAUGGAGACUCAUUGGAAGAAAUGUAUAACAAGAAGUAUGACUGUCCAGAUUCCAUCCUGGUAGAAGAUACAGGUGGGGAGGGUGAGAUAAGUAAUUCCAAAGGCAGAAUAUCACAUGAAAGCCCUCUGUGGAUGAAGACGCCAGCAAGAUGUGAAUCAGAAGGAAGCUAAGACAGGAUAGAAUGAACACAUUUGGGAAAGGAAAUUUUGUUUUCAAUGAGUUUAAGCCAUUAAGUAGUCUGGUAAUUACUUAACUAUCAGUAAACAAAAACAAGGAAAACAUGUUGACACAGACCCUUUGGGGGCAGUAUAUAAAGGUUGUGGCACAGGGAGACUUUCAAACUCAAGAACCUCAUUCUCCUGGAAACACCCAGAAACUCCACCCUCUAAAACCAUGGUCAACUCCUGUUGUGGCUCUGUCUGCUCUGACCAGGGCUGUGGCCAAGACCCCUGCCAGGAGACCUGCUGCCACCCCAGCUGCUGCCAGACAACCUGCUGCAGGACCACCUGCUGCUGCCCUAGCUGCUGUGUGUCCAGCUGCUGCAGGCCACAGAGCUGCCAGGUCCCCUGCUGCCACCCCAGCUGCUGCAUCUCCAGCUUCUCCCACCCCUCCUGCUGUGGUUCUAGCUCCUGUGGCUCCAGCUGCUGCCACCCCAGAUGCUCUGUGUCCAGCUGCUGCAGGCCACAGUGCUGCCAGCCCACCUACUGCCACCCCAGCUGCUGCCCCCCCUCCUGCUGUGGUUCUAGCUCCUGUGGCUCCAGCUGCUGCCGCCCCUGCUGCUGCUUCCGCCCUGUCUGUGGCCAAGUCUCCUGCCAUACCACUUGCUAUCGCCCAACCUGUGUCAUCUCUACCUGUCCCAGCCCCACCUGCUGUGCCUCCUCUUGCUGCUAGUCUCUACCUGUAAUCACACCAUGGAUAUCCUCACAAGUUGUAUAAAACUUGUGGGAGCCAGCC